UGCCGUGGCGCCGUACCCGCGGAGGCGCCUGCCAGCCUCGACUGGCGAGCUCGCGCGGUUAGGUUAGGUUAGUCCGCGGGACUGCCAGGCGGAAUUUAUGUUAUUCUCUUUUUGCUCGUCGCGCGACGGGGCCUCUUAUCGCCGUGCCGAAGGUACGAUCGCGUCGUCGAACGCUCUCCCGUGCUCGCGCUCUCUCUCUUUCUCUGCAGUCUCUUUCUCUCUCUCGUCUCCCUUUCUCGGGUGCGCGUCUGUGUGCGUGCGCGUACGUGUGUGUACGCGCGCGUGAUACGUGUGUGCGUCGCAGUCUCUUUCUCACUCGUUCUUUCUCGUGCCUCGGAUCUUCCGCCUCCUCGUUCGUGACGGACGUGCGGACGGGCCGCUGGCGCGCUACCCGAGGUAAACUUAACGUCAAUCAGCAAUACUUACUUGCCACGAAAGUCCAGUGGUGCUGGCAUGAUAAAAUAAGGGAAGCGAACGAAGGAGAUGAGCCACAAUAUUGCGGGCAUGCCUCCCUUCACAAGGAUGCCACUGGGGGGUAUGGGUAUGGGUGUGAACAUGGGCCCAAAUGCCCCACAUCCUGACUCUUCUGCUCACCCUCAUCCACCACCGCCACCACCAGCUGGUGCCAAUCCUAAGAAGAAGAGACGUUCAAAUGCAAACGUUGCACAGCCACCCCCGCAGCAACCAUCUGUACAGGAUCUACUACCCCCACCUUUAACGGGCUACGGUGACACGAUAGUAGCGAGUAAUCCCUUUGACGACACACCACCGCCGGCAACACCGAGCCCAAUGAUGCACGGUGGACCACCACCACACAUGCAUCCUCAUCAUCCGCAUCACAUGGGUGGGCCCCCCAUGCGAGGCAUGAGUCCACUGACCUCGAUAGGCGGCAUGAGUCCCAUGAUGCCGCACAACAUGGGCAACAUGAGCCCGAUGGGUAACUCGCCUAUAACCAAUCACAUGAAUCACAUGGGAGCGAUGUCUCCCAUGAAUCAUGCUCCGAUGGGCGGCAUGAGUCCCAUGAACAACAUGGGCCCGAACAUGCCGCCUGGUUCGAUGAACACCAUGAAUAACCACAUGAACAUGGGUCACAUGGGUAAUUCGCAGCUGAGCGGUCCGCCCAUGGGUAGCCCGAUGAAUAACAUGAAUAGCGGGCCUAUGGGUAGCCCGAUGAACAACAUGGGCCACAACAUGGGCAGUCCUAUGGGUGGACCCCUAGGUUCGCCGAUGAACACCAUGGCGGGAUCCAAUCACAUGCCUAAUGGACCAAUGAACAUGAAUAACAUGAACAGCCAUAUACCGCCCAACAGCCCGUUAAACGGACCGUCGCUGAACAACGUGAACAGUCCGUUGGGACACAACGGAUCUCAGCCUCAUCCGAAUCACAUGGGAAACAAUCUCAACAACUUGGGGAGACCUAUGAACGGACCUAUGACCACCAUGAGCUCGAUGGCAUCGAGCAACAUGAGCAUGACCGGGCCAAACCAGAUGAACAAUAUGAACAUGGGCGGACCGGCGAUGAACAACAUGCCCAGCAUGAACAUCAGCCAUCACAAUCAGAUGGCAGGUCACAUGACGGGAUCGAUGGGGACGAUGUCCAACAAUAUGGGCGGUGGGCCGCCAAUGGGACAUCCCAUUAAUCCGAUGGCGGGCUCCCUGCCGCCGCACGGUUUCCAAGGUCCACCGGGGAUGGGUCCAAAGCCGAUGCCGAUUUCCGCUGGCAAGAUAUAUCCCCCGGAUCAAUCGAUGGUAUUCAACCCACAGAACCCCAACGCGCCGCCGAUUUAUCCUUGCGGGGUUUGCCACAAGGAAGUACAUGACAAUGAUCAGGCAAUUCUGUGCGAAUCGGGUUGUAAUUUCUGGUUUCAUAGGGGUUGCACCGGCUUGUCGGAACACGCCUAUCAAUUAUUAACGGCGGAGGUCUACGCGGAAUGGGUGUGUGAUAAGUGUUUGCAUUCGAAGAACAUACCCCUGGUUAAGUUUAAACCAUAACACUUCGUGUCCCGUCGUUCGUGCGACGCCCGAGUGACUCUUUGUUAGCGUUUACAUGUGGUACGCGCGCACAUACGCGCGUGCGGUUGUGCACAUAUACAGGACACAGGUACACACACGUCACACACACGUCACACACACACACACACACACACACACACUGGACACAUCAUCCAUGGCACACGGUAAAUACUAGUGCACGUGCGAAGUCGUGCAUACAAUAUAAAGAUACGCUGUUUGUUAAUAACUUAGCUUUAACUUGUUGAAAUAUUAGGGUAUCAUUGUAAACCGUACCAGUGGAUAUGAAGGCAGAAGCAAUUCGGAAAUUAUUUCGAUCUGGUGACUAGUGAGCCCUUUUGUAUGAUAAGUGGGCUCAUCAAAUGAAAUUAUUAAACGGAUCAACUCAAGAUGUUGAUCUGAAUCUUGACAUGUACAGAUACAUUGGCAAACGUAAGCUUUUUUUUAAUAUGAUUAUUAAUUAUAAAAUAUUGCGAGAAACUGUUCCGGGAGAAAACUUGGCUCAAGCUAUUGAUGCAAAGCAUAGGCAGAUUGAGAGAGUGAGUUAUAAAUGAAAUUGAUAACAUUAAAACCUUUAAUGCUAAUUUUAUAAAAUAUGUAAGAUUCGCUCGCAAAGUACCUAGUAUUCUUACGACUAAUUGCAUUUAACUCGGAAUUAACGGUAUCUACAUACGUUACGGAAGCGAAACAAACGCAUAUAUAUAUAUUAUUAGAGACGAGCCAUGCAACGACGAGCAAUUGCAUCGUCUUUAUUUUAUCCUAUAUAAACGUUCCUGAUAAACGUCGGAAUAAAUGUUACCGUCUCCUUUGCAAUCGGUAUCUCAGUGUGAUUCGCAGGAUCACAAUUUUUACGAAGAAGAAAUUGAUUUGUACGAGUUAAUAUUUGUUAAUAGCGUUGUCACACAUCAAUUAAUAGAAUUUUGAAAAAAGAACGAUUUUUCGAUAUCCCUAGAAAGAUGUGUUUUAGGCGUAGACAUCAUUAUGAAAGUCAUAUUAUGACGUAAAUUAAAUGAAAUGUGUAAAUUACUCAAAGUAAUGAUGGUAUCUAUAGAUCUAUACACAGUUUUUCAUUAUACAAUCAGACUAAUAGAAAAAUGAAAAGAAACAAGGAGUUUAAGAUAAUUAUUAGAAUUUUUUUAGAACUGGUUUUGGUUCACUGCAAUUGAUAAUACGAAUGUAUCGCCUCUAACAUACAGAUGAUAUUUAUUGUGAUACAAAUUAUACUGAUUGAUUGAAGGUUGACGGGUGAGAGCUUGUCACAAUACAAGUCCUAUUUUUAUUGUUAAAUGUACAUGUUUUAUUAAAUUUAAGUGUGUGACUUAAUACAAUCAAUAUUGAAUGGACCAAUCCCAUUCAAGAAAACAGAAUUAUACAAACUCAAGUGCAGUAUUGAUAUUCCCAGGCGACAUACCUACAAGUGCUGCAACAAUUCUUAUAUUUUUAUAUGUCGUAUAUUUUAGGCCAUGGUACAUUUUGCUUUAGUAUUUUCGAUAUGUUUUAGUUACUAUCUUUCGAAAUCUAGUAAUACGAAAUGUGUUUUUAUUUGAUUUACCGCCUGAUAUUUGAAAGUAAGAUAAAAAUGAGGAAUAAUAUAAUAGAAAGUGUAUGCACGAGAUAAACUUUGCGCUUUUUAGACAGAGAGACUUUAGUAAAAUGGAUGUUAGGUAUAAUUUUAAAGUAAACCCUUCUCUUUAUUUCUCUUUACAUUAACCAUAACUUGGGUUAUUAUUAUGUUGUUGCCAUGGUUUAAGCUUCUGAUUUGACUGCGGUUGGAUUGGGAUAUAAGGAAUGUACUUCUAAAAGUGUAAAAAGUUUCUGUAAAAAUAGGUUUUAUUUAUAAAAAGUAAGUGAGAUUGCUUACACACACGCUCAGCAGGAAUUUAUUUGGCUGAAACACACAGGAUUUUCUGCCAUAAUACAAGAUUUUGUAAAUCGUACCCGGUAAAGGAGAUCAAUCAGUUUCUGAUAUCCAAAGUUGAAGUGCAAAGCGAAAUCGCUCAGAAAACAUUUUAAUAAAGAUAAUUUAAAUUAUGUAACUAUUUCAGAAUUACCGCAGGUUACGUCGUGUUUUGUGCGAGUAUUUAUUUUUGUAAGUUGCAAUUCGUUGAAACUUUCCGUUGAUCCGCGAAAGAUAAUUUUGUAACGAGUUCGGUUGGCUGCAUUAGUACGCGCUGCGUUGGACUUCAACGGUUGUACAAAAUGACACGGAAACGUAUAUAUAUGAAAGGUUGAAUUGAUUGAGAUGUUCGGAGUUAUUACAUUGUUUAGCAACAUCUAUGUCGGAGCAUCUGAUCGAUCGAGGCGCUUUAUAGCAUGUCUUUGCGUUUUAAGUGAAACGGCGUGCGACACAACGAGCCUUAACUCGGCGCGUGUUACUGUACUCAACCGAAUUCGCUAUUUUAUUCAGGCUGUCAACUCCGAGAUUGGGUGCAGCCCCAGAUUUAUAAUAAGAAAGUCUGUGCACACAUACACACACAAGUACACUUGACAACUAGCUAGCGCAAUCUUCGCAUCUGCCUGGUUUACUGCAGUAUCGACGAUAUAAAUGUUGAAAAGAACUGAGUAUUACUGUCAUAGGAGUUUAACCGUUAGGCGAAAUGAGUAAAACUAAAUUCCGUCGGCAGCUAGCACAAAAUUAUCGAGUCUACGGAUUGUAUAGUUUUUUAUAUAUGUAUAUGAAAUAUAGCCAGUUAUUAUAUCAUUUGACGCCUGCAUUAAACGGAGAUUUGGCUUUCGGCGAACGGCGAAGGUGUAUUCUCAAAGUAACUAGUACUUGUUGUACCUCUUGGAUUUAUAUAUAGGAUAUAUAUAUAUAUAUACACACACGGAUUCAGUUUAAUUUUUACUUGAUUUGAAAUUGAUACAGAUUCGACUUUAGGUCGAGGGGCUCGCGGCAAUUCCUUCCUAAUUCGAAAUUGAAUACACCUCUCACUCAAAGUCUCCGUGUAAUUCAUGCUUUAAGCUUGUUUUUACUGUAAUCGUUUCUAACGCAUAUUACAUGUGAGUAACAUACACAGGAUCCUGUAACUACAUAAUGCUCAUACUAGUAUUACAACGAAUAGAGUACCAUCUUUACAUAUCUUCUUUCUAUAUUUUCUCAUAUGGGGAGGAAGAUCACGCUGAAACCUGUUAACGUUGCUUUUAUUACGAAAGUUGAGAAUGAGAUACGGGGGAUUAAGCGAUUCACGGAUGGGACUCACAGUCCCACAGGCUCUGAGGCAGUGGAGGAAAUCGUUUUUCUAGUACAAACAAAUGAGCUGUAAUUUAAGUGACUAAAGAUAAUGUCCGUUUCACGCAGAAUUUUAAAUUAUAAGGCGAUAUCAUUUUCCCAAGGCAACUGCUACACACUCGUGACAUGUGGGAGCAUGCAUGUGGAUUAUGUCGAUGAUUGCUUUCCCGAUUCAUUUCGCGCGGCAGUUUAACUCCCCCUCGCACCCCCGCCCCCUGUGUAAAAAUUUGUUCGAAACAAAUGCAUUUCGUAUGUGUCCAAUUAUUUCUGUCUCAUUGCACUUCCUUCACGUAUAGUUACCUUGAUUUUCAGCGAAAGUUAGGUGUAUAUAUAUAUAUACCGAGACAUGCCGACUUUUUGGAGAUGGAAAUAUUGCGCAUAUUAUAAUAUACAUUUACGGUCUUGAGUUCUCUUUUUAUAAGAUAUACUAUAUAUAUACACACACACACACGUAUAUAUAGGCUAUCUCGUAAAUACUAUUGAUACUUUAUGUACAUAAGCCUUUCUAUAUCUAAGACUUUAAUAUGGUGGGAAUCAAAUGAGACGCGCAAAUAUUCGCCGCGGUCACAGUGGUUUUAUGUAAAUAAUAUAUAUCACACGUUAAAAUGAAAAGAACAAAAAAAAGAAGAAUGAAUCACUGAUCGUAAUGUGUUGGAUGUAUCUCGCACACUAAUUCUUGUUCUUAUAAAUGACAUAACGUAAGGAGGGUUGCAGGUUGCAGUCGAGGGAGCCGAUGUUCACAUCGCCGCGUGUCGAUUUUGCAAAGUGUCGCUAUUACUUAACGCGUUACGCGGUUUUCCCCUCCGAUUGUACGGGGAAGAAAAAUUGUAACAAACUUGUAGGAGGUCUGAUCGCGCGUGUUAGAAAUUUAAAAGAGAGGGCAACGCGUUGCGAACAUUGUCGCGUCGUUAAUUCAGCGCACCGCCGUUUCACGAUCGUGCACACAAUAUUAUUUUGUAUAAUGCGAAUUAAUUGUUGUACCGCGGAACGGAAAAGGAAUUUUGGAUUCUCUCGAUUACACUCGUGACACUCGAUCGCGUCCACCACAAGCUCGAUUAUUACCGAUUACCGAUUGCGACACACGGAACGAGAAGACUAUAAACGCAAACAGGAGAAGACGCACGCGAGAAGAAGCUUGAAGGAAGCGUGUGCCGGCGAUAACGCCGCGAUAAACGAUAGCACAACGUGGACGCAAUAUCAUGAACGGGGCAAAACCAGUACGCGACAAAUUGUUCAUAGAUUAUUUUUUAUCAUGUGAAUACAGAAUAUAUAUCAGCAAUAAAAAUUGUUAUACAUAUUAUAGACUGGCGUACGUAUGUGAGACCAUUUUGCAUACGCAGCGACGCGUACCUAACUCCCAUUCUUAUGCGACGUGUACAUGUUCACUCAUUAUAUCUAUUGUACAUAUUUAUAUAUGGCACUUUAAAUAACAAAUCGAUAUAUUGUUGA